CCCUGGGUGGGCAGGAGCCUGCGAUGGCCCCGGCAUCGGCGCGUCCGUUCCGGUAGCGGCCUGCCCGUGCGGCUGGAGCACGGCCCCUGCGGCAGCUGACCCCCGGCGGGGCCCGGCUGGCGCGGUCCGUCAGUCCCCCAGCGGAGGUGUGCAGGAGUGCGACAUCCAAGAGAAAAUUAACUUUGAAAUCCGCAUGCGAGAAGGCAUCUGUAAACUACUUGCAGUGAGCACACAAAAAGACCAACUCUUGCAUGCGGUUAAAAACCUGAUGGUUUGCAAUGCUCGUAUACUUGCAUACAGGACAGAGCUACAGAACCAGAAAGCAGAGCUGAUCUCAUGCAGAACCAAAGAACAGUUUUCAGAAAAUGGGAGAAAAGACCGGAUGGCAUGCAGAGCAAAGGUUGCUAUAUCAGAUAUUCGAAUACCAUUAAUGUGGAAAGGCUCUGAUCACUUCAGCAAUAAAGAAAAAUCACAGCGCUAUGCAGUUUUUUGUUUGUUCAGAAUGGGAGCUGAGGUUUUUGAUACAGAGGUGGCUAUUGUGGAUAAAGCAAUAACAGAUCUCUGUUUUGAAAAUGUAACCAUAUUUGAUGAAGCAAGACCAGAUUUCCAGAUGAAGGUUGAAGUGUAUAGUUGCUGUACAGAGGAGUCUUUAUAUGUAACAAAUACACCUAAGAAACUAGCAAAGAAGCUUAAAACAUCCCUCAGCAAAGCUACAGGGAAGAAACUCAAAGCUUCACUGGAAGAAGAUGGCACUGAAUCCCUUUUGCCUCCUGACCCUGUAAUCCAUGGAGCAAAAUACAGUAUGCUAGCAUAUACCACUUUGGGGCUGGAGAGUGCUGAGGACAAUUUUAGGACCCACAACCUUACCAUUACAGGAAAUGAGGAAUCCUCUUUUUGGCUGCCCCUGUACGGAAACAUGUGUUGCCGUUUAGUGGCUCAGCCUUCCUGCAUGGCUAGGGAUAUGAUGGCAGGUUUUCUUAAUCAACAGCAAAUGAUAGGAAGUCUAACUAGCUGGAGGAGGCUGUAUUGCGUGCUAAGAGGUGGCAAACUCUUUUGUUAUAACUCUCCAGAAGAAAUUGAGGCUAAACUGGAGCCAGCAUUGACAGUUCCCAUCAACAAGGAAACCAGAAUUCGAGCUGUGGAUAAGGACUCCAACAGAAGGACUAAUAACUUCUCUGUUAUCAACCCUGUGUCUGGAGAGGCUGUGACACAACUUUUUGCUCCUGACAGUAGGGAUGAACUUCAUAAGUGGAUGGAGGCUUUCUGGCAGCACUUCUAUGACCUAAGCCAGUGGAAACAUUGUUGUGAAGAACUUAUGAAAAUUGAGAUUAUGUCACCACGGAAACCACCUUUGUUCUUGACAAAAGCAGCGACCUCCGUCUACCAUGAUAUGAGCAUUGAUUCUCCAGUGAAACAUGAGGGCUUAGCUGAUAUCAUACAAAGAAAAAUUGAGGAGAGUGAUGGUGAGUUCCUGCUUGGCCAGCAAAAAGAGUCUGCAUCUUCCCUAUGGGCUUCAUUCUUCGAUGGAUCUCAUGAGAUGGUGGUUCAGAAAAAUAUACAUCUGAGCCCAAAAAGAGAUACUACAAGUCCUAAUGACAGCAGAGGAAAGAAAAGGAGAGCUCCACCUCCACCCUCGGAUAAGUCACCCUACAGUGCAAAAGCACAGGUGAACACAGAGCAAGUGGGCAAGGAAAGCUGGGAGAAGUCUCACCACACGCCUGCUAAUAGUUCUUCCUUUGAUCCAAAGUUAUCUGCAAAACUGCAGCAGUUGCAGACACCCACUGCUGCUCCUCGCAAAAUUGGUCCCUGUAGAAAGGGCAGUUUAGCUGGCCAUAGGAAUCCCAUUUCAUUGGUUAACAAGACUGAGUCUGAAACCAAACCAGUACCAACCCCUAGACAAAAAUGCAUCAGAGAAAUGCUAAACCCUAGAUCCUGGCUGCAGCCAUAGACGUCAUAAUUAGUUUAGAAAAGUGCCUGGAAUUUUAAGUUUCUCAGCCUUCUUCUAUAUCUGUUGAGUGAAAAUAGGUUUUAGCAUAUAGCUUGUAAGUAUUGAGGCUGAGAUGGUUUUGGUUUUGAGUUUGAUUUUUUUUUUUUUUUUUUUUUCUUUCUUUUAGGCAGGGCAUUACUACUAGCUGCAAUCUCAGCUGUACUCAGUAUCACUAACGUCUAAAUAAUUGCACUAAUAGCUGGGGGAGUUAUCUCUACCUGAAAUUAUGAUGCUACUUCUGAGGAGUGGUUCAGUACCUUCCCCUUGAAAAAACUGCAGUGUUCAGGGUAACUCAGUAUCCGUGCAGCAGGGUUGUUACCAUUACCUUCUAGCAGACCCUUAGCUUAGCCCAUCUGCAGCUCCUCAGGCUAGUCCAAGUGGGAAUUUCACACACAUUCAGUACAGAUCUCACAAAAUUGAUUUUCCUGAGCUCCAUGCUUGGCAUCACCUAAAAUAUUUUUCUCUCUCCCUCACUGUUUGGGAACCACUCCUUAUAAUGUGAUAUUCUACAAAAAGUUACUGUACUCUUCUGAACAGCUCUGUAACUCUGCAUGAAUUUCUGAAACAGUUCUGUCAACUUAGUGUGGGAUCGCCUGCAUUCUUGCUGGUGCAUGUGCUGUCCAAGUAGACCAGGAUUAUCUGUGUAUGAGCAAGAAUGUGAUCCUUCACUGCUACUUAUUUCAGACUAACGUGAACACUUAAAAGCUGUACUGCAUAUUAACACCUAUUCAGGUUUUCAUUUUUAUGGUUGGGAUUUUUUCCUUUUUUUUUUUUUUUUUUUUUUUUUUUUUUUUUACAAAUUGGACUCUGUAGCACAGCUUCUCCUUUGUGGAGCCUCUCAGCUGUUCCUGGUUUGUAAACACAGCCGUGUUACUUGUAAAUGGUAAGGUCUUUUCACCACUUGUUUUUUUCUGAAAUAGCAGUGAGUAAGUACUUCAGGUCAAAAUACUGAACUCUGAUAUUCUUCCACCUUAUUCUUCCAUCUAGACUUACCAUUUUUGUAGAAAGAAUGGGUUAUUAGGGUUCCUGUGGCACCUCCAAAACAUCUAUUCCAAAAGGAAAAGAUUCUGUUCUCCUGGAUCCACAACUUAAAUAUCCAACCCUUUGCUUGGUUGAUGCAUUUAUGUCAGAUGCUGGAACUUAUCCAGGAGCAACUGUAUACAUACGGUUCAUUAAUUAUUAUUUUUUUUUUUUUUUCUAAAGUGCAGAUGGCUUUGGGACCUCUACUCUUUCUCCAGAAGAUAUUGUGUGCAUGGUUGGUUUGUUUUAUCUAAUUUUUGUCUUCUGCUAAGCUCUUGGCUGCACAGCUGUAAAGGUGUCUGCUGAAUUCCCUCAGCAGUUCAUUGCCUAUUUGGGAUGGGGCUUGAGAGGCAGGUUUCAUUUACAAAUCCUUUCACAGGAUUAGAGCCCUUUGUUUCUAGAAUGUCCUUGUUCAUUCUUCAUUUAAUCACAUUCCAUUUCCCCUCUAAAAUAACCAUAAUCAUUCUUACAAUAAAUCAUGCUGUUGCUUAAGUGUAUGGUUUGUGAAUGGUUUAUAAAUAGGAACAGAAAAACUGAAGAAUAACUACAUGAUUAUGUAAAUCAGACACAGUCGACUAAGUGGACUGUGCGACUGAACAAGAAAUAGGAAAAAAUAAAGAGGGGAAGAAAAGCCAUAUUUUCCAAAAUGCAGCUGCAGUUUACUUAGCUUUAAAUCUAGCCUUAAAUGUUACUGUGCUCUGGAAAGAACGAAUACCUUUUUCCUGGUAAUCCCCUUCCAUUUAGUUGUUAUAUUUUAAAGUAAAUCUCAUAAAUAUAUAAGGCAAGAAGGCACCGUAAUGAGGAUUUAUUUUUAAAUUUGACAGGCCAUUGAAUUUCAACAACCAGUUUCUCUUAAAUUCAGUGGCUUUGUUUUGAACUGAACAUACAUAUUUUAGGAAGGCAUUUAAUAUUAAUUUAAAGCCUUCAAGUGAUGAGAAUUCACUCAUACCUCCUGUUGCAAUAGUUAAUUACCCCAGGUACAUUUUUUCACUUGAUUUUCUAUUUGCAUUUGUAGCUCCACCUUAAGUUAUUUUGGUCUUUUUAUGCAUUUGGUUGCUUAUAUUGAUCUCUGUAGUAUCAGCUUUUCUAAUUGCUUGUGUGUAGUUAUAAAUCAUGAUUAUGUCCCUUUUAACCUUUUCUCUGAUGAGAUGCACUGAAUUCCUUAACUUUCUUAUGGCAAUGGAUGUUAUACAAGACUAAUUAAUCUUCUCUGUACUUCUCAUGUAUUGAAAUAUUUUUGAGUGUGACAUCUGAAUUAGAUGCCACAUGUCAAUAGUGAUCCAUCAGGACUAUAUAGUGACAUAAUGUGAUCCUCUUACUCUGAUUAAUAGCUCCUUCCCCUCUUCCCUCAAAAGUGGUAUUAUCCUUUUUUUAUGGAAGCAUUGCCUUGGAUACUGACUUUUAUGGCCAAAGUCCUCUUCAGAGUCUUUUUCAAGAAUGCGGUACAUCAUCCUCUUAUUAUCCUACCUUAUUUUUUCUUAGAAAUCUACACUGUAUUUUACCAGCAUUAAAAUACUGCUCAUGAAGCGAUCCAGAUUGCUCUGUGUAAGUGACCUGUCCUCAUUCUUUACUACUCCAGCAGUCUGCAUGUCCUUUGCAAAUUUAUUGCAAGUGAUUUUUAUAGUUUCUUCCAGAUCAUUGAUUUUUAAAAUUGAAUGCAAGGCAAGGUUUGUAGAGAGAGGUGAUAAGUUUUUAUUACAUCAGUGACAUGGGUAGGGGUUGGGGAAAAGCAAACAGACAAGCCAUUGAGUUUGUGUCCCUUUUUUCCCAGAACCUUCAAAAAAUUGAACAAGAUGGAAAACAACUGUAGUUCUUGCUGAUUCCCUGUUAAUGUUGUAUCUUGAAAUUAGUUUUCUGUCUUCAGCAUAACAUUCUAUAUUGAUUUGAUCUGGUACUGAUAUUUAAAAAAAAAAAUGUCACGUUCAUCUUGUUUUCAGUACGUGACUUAGGGUUCUUAUGGGUAACACCUCAGUGCAGGUGUCUUUGCAAGCCGAGCUUACUAUAGCAAAGAGUAAAAUGCAACCUGUUGUUCAAGACCUAUUCUCCAGGAAGCUGUAUUGAUUGACAUUUUAUAUCUAUCCUUAGACUAGACUCAUAUGAGCCAGUUCACUAUAUCACCCUGAUCCCCACUAAGCAAACCAGACCAUUAAUUACCUGGAUCAUCCUGCUUCAGAACAACAGUGCUGUUCUUUCAGUCCUGUGAAAUGUCAUGGCAAUGUUGAGACUUGUUUAACUAAUUGCACAUUUAAGCUCCUAUAGCUGGAAAGGCUUCUGCUACUGAAAGUAGUUUCUGUUAUUUUAAAAAAACACUAUAUAAUCCCUAUUAUGAAGCAUCAGUUGACUUCAGGUUUUAGUAUUUAUUGUUACUGACUCAGUUGGGUUGUUUUUUUGGGGUUUUUUUUCCUUCCGUGUUGCCAUUUAUUAUUGCCUUCGAAUCUUCUGUUAAGCAAGUUGGUUUAACUGAUAAAAACUGCAGGCUACCAGCAAAUCUUAGCUAUGCAAUAAAGUCAGUUAUAGGAAAUAUAUUUGUACUCAGCUUUUGUCUAUGCAAGAGAACAUAAAUAUUAGUAAUAAAAAAAGAACACAAUUUCAGGAGUGUAAUUAGAAGAUAUAUCUGUGAGGAAAAUGGUCUUUUUUUUUUGGCUUUUUCAUAUAGUGACAAAUUAUAAUACUUUAUUACUGAUACUGGUCCCUUAUCAUUGCAUAGGCUUGCUCAGAAAUGAGAACUCUUGGUUUGUUUGGGUUUGGUUGUUUUUGGGGUUUUUUUCCCCAAGUUUUCCUGACUAUAAUGAUGAAUAUUCAAAACAGGAAUUAAAACCAAUACAUUGCUUGUAUCCAAGCACUAUGUGAGGAAUAUAUGAACUAUAUGAAUAUGAGGAAGGCAGCUAUGUUGCAGUGUGGUACAGUGACAUUUUAGAUUUUGCACUGAUUUGCUUCCCAGGCUGUGCUGUCUUAAGAUCAUGGCCCAAGACAGCCACUGAAGCCCAUCUGUUGGUAGUGCGUGGGGCUGGGGAGCUGUUAGCUUCCAUCCUUCAGAGUGGAGGUGAAGGGGAGUCAAGAAGCAGAGAAGUAGAAGGCAGCCUGUUCAUUAUGGGACAUGUUGGAAACUGUUAAACUGCUGCCUCUUGGCACUGAAGGAGAAUGUACCCAUUAAGCCAUCUCGUCAGUUGCAUUCAGUCAUGAGGGUGCUUUAAUUGUGUGAGUCAAAAUACCAGUGAUCAAAACCCUGAAGUUACUUGAUUAGUGUGUAUAAAAAGUGCUGAAACAGGAAAUAUUUUUCACAGGUGCAGGUGAUAUUAGCCAGCCUCCUGCUGGGACAAAGCUUGGAAGACAGCAGGAGGCCUGUGGCUUCUCACAGACCUUGCAUCCCAUUGCCUCAUGUUCACAUGUGUGCAGGCAAGUUGGUGUGCUGCUGACUGGCAGUGGAGUCCAUGGAAAAACAGCGUUUGUUCAGAGUCACUGCACUCAGAAUGAGCAGCUCAGACUGCCCAGUGUAGCAUGGUGAAGACAUUGGUAGCAUCUGCUACUGCUGAACUACAUGUGUGACUAGGUACUUUUUUGAGGAGUAUGUCAGGCCUGCUCUGAAAACUGUACCUGCUUGUUCACUGCUGGAAUGAAUUAAAAAGUAGUAGGAUUGCCAUCUUGAAGUCACGUAGAUACAAUAGUCAACCUGAACUCUUCUUUUAGAAAGUACAACUUGAAAGCAAUUGCUAGUCCAAACGAAUAUAAAUUUCACGGAACAGGAACAGCUUUUGAAAUAUUGACUGAACGAAGACUUAAUUUAGUAACUUUUUAUGUUACACCUAAUGUCUUCAGCUGUUCACUUGAUCUUGGAAUGGUAGAUGGUACCUUUUGCAAUUUUAAAGACAUUAGCUUAAAAUGUUUACAUUUUUACUAGUAUUGUGAUUUUAUGUUUUUCUAUGGUAAUUAUAUUUAAUAGUUAUUUUUCAGUGGUGUGCACAUAUUUGGAAAUACUGUCAGAGUUGAUUUACAAUUAAUGUAGAUUGCCUUGGUAGAAAAACGCAGAUUUGGGCGCUAACAUAUUGUGAAAUGUUAGAAUAGAAAUCUUUUGCUGCUAACAUAAUGUAUUUCUGUUAAAAUAUGCAAGUGAAAUUAAAGUUCCUAGAGUAAAAGGCUUUUGGUGUAAUUUUCUUCAAUCUAAAACUGCAUUAAGCUUUACUCUGGUUUAUAAACCAUGGGUGAUGGCUGCUGUAAAGUAAGAACUUAUGGGUAGAUACUUUUCUGCUGGGCCUGCUGAAUGUAUCCCUCUAGGCUGGUGCUGACAGUAGCAAACAGUAUUUGUCUCAGUUUUCUAAACUGGAGGAAGGGAGAAAAAAAACCCCAUCUGGCAGCUAGCGUGAUCGCUCAAUGAAUUGUCCAAUGUAUCCAACAGAUUUCUGUGUAAAUCUGUAAAGUUAGAAAUGUUACAUGAGCUGCACCUUGUUUCCACAAAUGUGCCUAAACGUUUUGGUUUAGGUGCUUUUUUACUUCUCUCAUAGUCUUACAAGAAAAUGUGUGAAGCAGAUUUACAUAAUUCCAUGUGCUUUGUAAGGUGACUUCAUAAAUGAGUCACUGACACUACUAAUACCAUCCAUUAAUUUUUUUUUCUUUCAUAGGCACCCUUGUGCUGAAGAGGAACUCCUGUUCACCUCACUGGCUAGAGCUCGGUGUAGCGUUGCUAAUUUAAAACCAACUGUGCCAUUCAAGUAAAGUGUUCUUUUGGCCCAAUUAUCGUAAAAGAACGGUAAUAAAAGUAGAAGGAAUUGUUAGACAUUUUAAUUUUAGACUAUGUGACUGAUUUAAGAGUCCAUGAAAAAAACAGUGUGAUUGAUAAUUGCAAGGCAAGCCAAUGCAGCUGAGUGAUUUAAUGAAAAUUAUGCUGCAGUUUGCUUUAAGGGAUCAUAGUAAAGUAAGAUAUGAUGAUCUCUUCGUAUAACCAUUAGCAAGUGGUUAAACUGUAAUCUUUCCAUAUAUAUAUUGUAUAUCCACAGAAAAAAUCUGUUUGCGAGACAUCAAAAUAAAUUGCUUUUCAUGGGGAAAAAAUAAUCUUUCAAGAUUGUUAUCUCAAGAUAGCUUUCUAAAUGUUCUUUAUGUACUUCCCCAAAGGGAGAAAAAUUAUAGUAACUAGUGAAGCCUCUUUUAUGCUGUUAAGGCUUUUCUUCACAUUUCUAUAAACUUCUUCCAAAAUAGUUUUGAAAGAACAUAAUUUGUAAUAUACAUUGUCUCACCUGAGGGGUUUUUUGGUGUUGUCCAGUGUCACCUGUGUCAGAAGGUGAUACAGCAAUACCUGCAGAAGGAAGUUGUGGAGUUGUGUUUCACACACAAAUAGUUUCUUCCUAGCCCUUUAGUAAUUACAGGCUCUUUUAUAUGCAGACAUGGGAAGCCUUUUAUCCUGUCAAAGUUUCACUGCAUGUCUGUGUCUGGACAUGAAUUCAUAGUGGCAGUUAAAAGUAAAAAAUCGUAUUUUUUUUUUAAUAUACUUAAAUCUUGGCAUCACUGUUGCCUCAUGGAACUUGCAGUUUGAUGAUAUGCCACAAGAGUUUUCUUUCCAAACUUUAAAAUUUGUAUGUUUUCUUUUGCUAAGAUGGAAAGAGUCAGUAAUGGUCCAUCAUCUUCUUUUUUUUUGUCACUGGCUAUAAAGGUGGCACCAAAAUACAAAUAUCUUUGUUAAUGUUUUUUUACUCUGAAGGCAAACAGUCCCAGUCUUUUCCAUCUUUCUUUAGGUUAUAUUUUCCAUUUUCUAAUUACUGUCUAUUUUGAAAUCCCACAUGGAUGUUGACGAUAUCUUUCUUGAGCUGGGAGCUGAACAUGUACUUCUAGCUCAAGGGUACCCUUGGUUUACAAGAACAUAAUAUGUUCAUUAGUGUUGUCUCCAUUUUAGCUGCUCAUUCUUUGUUAGCCAUCACUCUAUGGACAGAAUGGUCUGUGCACCUUAGGAAAGAAAAGAUCCUAGCGCUGUUAUGGUGAGAUUAACAUGUGACUUACGACUUUCUCAACAGCAGGAAAAAUGUUAGAGAGGCAUAGCUGGCACAAGGAAGCCACUUUUUUUUGUUUUUCAGGUGGCAGCAGCUGCGUUACUUCCUUUGGUUUUGAAUGAUCGUUACUCUGUAGUCCCUCAUGUCUGUAUGCAAGGGUUGAGAGCUUUUAAAAUAAACUGAGCACGUUUUAACUGA